GAAUUCGCGGUUUGGCCUCAGGGGUCCCUGCCCGUCUCCUACCGCUCCGGACCGUGUGUGUCCAGGCGAGGCGCUCGCUCCGGGAUGGCGCCGCCGCUGCCGCCUCCUGCGCGCCGGCUCCAGGGGCUUCUCCAAUCCCGGAAAGUUCACCGGAGGCGAGAGAUGUGGCUGCAGCAAGUUGGCUUCAUCUGCGGGGUCCUGUCCUUGGUGUGGUGCGCGACCAGUCUGCUCUCCAGCCUCGGACAUGAAACAAUUUCCAAAGGCAAACAUCGAUUACCUGAAAUAUGGAGGACCAGAAAGCUGAUGGCAUCAGUUAAUGCAACUCAGGCGGCUAAAAAUUGCACUGAUCCUGCAAUCCAUGAGUUCCCCACAGAUUUGUUUUCUAAUAAGGAAAGGCAGCAUGGAGCAGUCUUGCUACACAUUCUUGGAGCACUUUAUAUGUUCUAUGCCUUGGCUAUAGUGUGUGAUGACUUUUUCGUUCCUUCAUUGGAAAAAAUCUGUGAGAAACUUCACCUGAGUGAAGAUGUCGCUGGAGCCACAUUUAUGGCUGCGGGCAGCUCUACACCUGAGCUCUUUGCUUCUGUCAUAGGUGUAUUCAUCACACAUGGCGAUGUAGGGGUUGGCACUAUUGUUGGAUCUGCCGUGUUCAACAUUUUGUGUAUAAUUGGAGUUUGUGGAUUGUUUGCAGGACAGGUGGUCCAUCUGACCUGGUGGGCAGUGUGCAGGGAUUCUGUAUACUACACCCUUUCUGUCAUCGUUCUCAUUGCAUUCAUCUAUGAUGAGGAAAUCGUAUGGUGGGAAGGUCUCGUGCUCAUCAUUAUGUAUGCAUUUUAUAUACUUAUCAUGAAGUACAAUGUGAAGAUGCAAGCCUUUUUUACAAUCAAACAAAAAAACAUUGCCAAUGGAAACACAGUGAACAGUGAGCUGGAGGAUGGUAAUGAUUACUAUGACAUUAGCUAUGAUGAUCCUUCCGUGCCAUUGCUAUGGGAAGUGAAGGAGAAGCCGCAAUAUAGCAAAAAUCCAGUGGUGAUGGUGGAUGAAAUCAUGAACUCCAGUCCCCCCCAGUUCAGUUUCCCUGAGGCCGGAUUACGCAUAAUGAUCACUAAUAAAUUUGGGCCCAGGACCAGACUACGGAUGGCAAGCAGGAUCAUAAUCAAUGAGCGCCAGAGACUGAUUAACUCUGCCAAUGGAGUGAGCAAGCCACUGCAGAAUGGCCGACAUGAGAACAUCGAGAAUGGGAACGUGCCUGUGGAGAACCCAGAGGAGCAGCAGCCUCAGCAGCAGCAGCAGCAGCAACAGCAGCAGCAACAGGAACAGCCAGAGCCCGAGUCCACUGAAACAGAUUUCCUCUCUCCCUUUUCCAUGCCAGAGGCACCCGCGGACCGAGCAAAAUGGAUCUUCACCUGGCCCCUGAUAUUCCUGCUGUUUAUCACCAUCCCAAACUGCAGCAAGCCACGCUGGGAGAAGUUUUUCAUGGUCACCUUUGUCUUCUCCACCCUUUGGAUUGCUGUGUUUUCCUAUUUAAUGGUGUGGCUGGUGACUAUUAUCGGAUACACACUUGGGAUCCCCGACGUUAUCAUGGGCAUUACCUUUCUAGCAGCAGGAACAAGUGUACCAGACUGCAUGGCCAGCCUAAUUGUGGCCAGACAAGGCCUUGGAGAUAUGGCAGUAUCUAAUACCAUAGGGAGCAAUGUAUUUGACAUCCUUGUGGGACUGGGAAUACCGUGGGGACUACAAACCAUGGUCAUUAAUUACGGAUCAACUGUAAAAAUAAACAGCAAGGGACUGGUCUAUUCAGUUGUCCUAUUACUCGGAUCUGUUGCUCUUACUGUGCUCGGUAUCCAUUUAAAUAAAUGGAGACUUGACAAGAAACUUGGCAUCUAUGUGUUGGUGCUGUAUGCCAUUUUCUUGUGCUUCUCAAUAAUGAUAGAGUUUAACGUCUUUACUUUCGUCAACUUGCCAAUGUGUCAAGAAGAUGAUUAAAGUAGAGCCAGUGCCCCUGGGAGGGAGGCCGAGCUGUCUUUGAGACCUUACGCAGAGGGCGUUUUACUUCUCUGAAUUUCCAUCCCAAAAUAUGAGCGUCUUUCCUCCAUCACCAGCUAGCGGUCCACCCUUUCACUUGCUGGGAGGAGGAGCACAAGAGGACCUUCGGUGGGUUACAGGAACUCUCCUCUGUGGAUUUUUUUUCUCAAGGUCACUAAUAGGGAGAAAAAGGCCUAAAAGGAGUCUCCCAAAAUUCUGAGCCACAGGGUCCAGGAGGGAUAGUUAGGGUCUCCCUUUGGACACUACCGUGAGUGAGACUAGUGUGUUCCCCUUCUCUCCAAUCUCUGUUACCCUCAGCACACAGCAUUUGUCUUCCCCUGCCUUGCAUUAAUGCUUUUGGAAACAACGCGGUCCUCUAAGUCAGAAUUCUCUUUGGCUGCAUUCAAAGAACAAACGUUGCUCUCUAAUUUAACUGCUGGCCUGGGAAGCCAAAUUACGUGACACGGCAUGCACUGUUGAAAACUUUUACUUCCCCUGGAAAGGCUUGAUUUAUGGAGGCCUGUGUCAUCGGCGGGUUGGAGCGUUCGGCGAUGACAUUGAACACUUUAUCACUUGUCUUGAAACCUUUGAAGAAUACGCACAAUUCUUACGGUGGAAGAUGGAAAAGUGGCGACUGCCAUCACCUCACAUGAUGCACUUGGAGCAGGAUCUAUGAAAUAUUAAAAAAUAGCGCUCUGCAGAUAAUCCCAAUUGAAUAUAUCAUACCACCUGAAAGGAACAUGGUAGAAAACAAAAACAGUCACGCUUGUGGGAAAGCAAGCCUAUAUAUAACAUUUUCACUGGCACUAAAAAUUUAAGCUAGAGAUAGAGAAGACCAUUAAAAGAAAAAAAAAAGAACAACUUAAAAAUCAAAUUGGGUGCUAACUCAGUAAUACAAUGGAAAUUGUCACAAAUAGCUUUAAAACGUGUUUCUUAACAUAAACAUACUCUAUCUCUUCUAUAGGAUGGGUUGCAAUAUCAAUUUCAGUUCAUCAUUGCAUUGUUAACACUCUACUAUUAAAGCUAGCCCAUUUGUCAAAACAUUUAGUUGUUGAGAUGCUCCACCAGUUUAUGAUACAUCUCCAUGCUCUGUGAAGCAGUGCCACGAAUUAGUGAAGAGUGACAAGAUUAGCAAUGUCCUGGCCCACAGAUCCCUUCAUCUGUGUAGGUAAAGGCAACUAUUAAAACCAUAAUUUAAAGUUCCAAGUUACUUAAACCUCAUGGUAUAUUUUAUGUAAGAUGCCAGAGAUGGUUCAUCAAUUCAAAAUAGAUUCAACAGUAUAGUUGACUUUUUUUUAAAACUGCUAUGUAGCUCUGAAAUAGAUAUUUAAAGAUUUAUUAAAAUAAACCAUUCAAGCUUUCUUGAAAAAGCACAAUUAAUUUUUUACAUAGAUUUUUUUUAUUUUUUUAAUGUUUAUAUAGCAGAGGUCUAUAUAAGAUUACUAAAUGUUUGAUGCAUUUUUAAUAUCUGAAUAUUUUGCACUUACCAGUAAUAAGAGCUACCCGUGAUCAUUUCAAGAAAAUCCUAUUUUAAAAGCCCAUAAGAAAACAGCCCUCAGUGAGAAAAAGAGUUAGUUUAUGUCAAAUAGGGAAUUCCUGAAGACGUGCCCUCAUCUAUAUAUUAUGCUUAAGGGUUUGGGGGGUUGGGAGUGGGAUAGUUAAAAGCAUGAGCACAUUUUCCUGUGCCUCUUCUGAAUUUGGUAGCCUGAAUUUUCAUAGGAAGAAGCAUUCAUGUGUUUCUCUCAUUAUUUCCGUUUAGCAUGCAUGGGUCUAAGAAGGGAGUGACUGAUGCAUUCAUUAUCCCAUUCUCCCUUCUGAUUCUAAAACAGUAUUAGUAGUUGUACCAAGUAGAGGCUUUUAAGAGGGAUGGUAUCUAGAUACUGGACUAUCCAGUUCAUUAGUGAACCAGAGGGUUUUGUAAAUAAAUAAGCAUAUAGGGAGUUGAGGAUCCCUUCCCUGUGGUGAAUGAUAAAAACAGACGAGUUUUCUCAAAAUAGAGAAAAACUUGUAUAAUUUUAACUUACAGCGUGGUUCCUGUGGAAAUAAAUCUUUGUUUAUUCAGGUUUAAGUCAAACUUCAUCAAAUACUUGAGUGCUCUAUAGGUUCUCAAGGUCACAUCCUACCAUUGUUCCUCACUCAAAGAGCUUGCUGAGGAUUGCAAUUGAUUGUUAGCAAAAUGUCAGAAUAAGACCCAAGCUGCAUGGUCCCAGCCAAGAGGAACAGUCUGUUGAUAUAGGAAAAAAAAAAAAAAUACCAUUCUGGGGCAACAUAAAGAAUUCUGAAUCUAGAAUUAGCAAAUCUGGGUUUUGCCACUAACUUGCUGUAUGAUCUUGAACAAAUUAUUUUUAUUCUCUGGGUCUAAAUUACCUCAUCUACCGAAUGAGAGUAGAACUAAAAAAAUCUAAUCUGCGUUGUAGAAUCUAUUUGUCACCCACCAUCAUCCAAUUGCCGAUUUACCUUUAUGAGGAAAUUCUAAUUAUAAACUUCCUCAGAAAAUAAAUUUGAGGUGGGUAGUUUUUUUUUUUUUUUUUUUUUAAGUAGUCUAUUAUCAUGAUUCUUUUAAGACUAUAAUUACAAGUACACUAUGACUUCCAAGUAGAAAAUAACAAAUGUUUUUAAUUUAUGAAGUUCUUUUCUUUAGUUUCCUUCUGAAUUCAGCGUGCCAAUGGAACUCCCUUAAAGCCUAUAUAUAUUUGUUAUAUAUGUGUAUACAUACACUUUAGGUAAAAAUAUUAUUUUUAAACUGAAGCAUAAAUUAAGCACCAGAGCAAUACAUAUCAAAUGCAGAUUUGAAAGAAUUGUUUGAAUAAUUAGGGUUUCGUUUUUAAAACAUGUUUUACCACAAACUUUCUUUUAUUCCUGGAGCUGAUUAGCACAUGGAAAUAUAUAUAUUCCAUAAAUAAGGAAAAUGAAAGACAUAUAGAUUUCUUGUCUUAAGGAAGAAGAAUAGCUAUUUUAACAAUAUAGAAGUUGCUUAUAAUAUAACAAUCUGGCUGUUCUGUCACCUCCAUUGCGUGAAGGUAUGGGACUGUUUAAGAAGUACUAAAUUUGGAGUCACAAACAUUUGGAUGUCCAAUCCUAGUUCUUCUAUUUAUGGCCUGAAUCACUUUUACGUCUCUGGGUCCCAGUUUCCUGACCAGUAAAAUCAGGAAGUUGGAUUUGGUUAAGUGACCUCAUAAUUCUUUCCAGUACUAAAGGCUAUAGACUGAUUCAGGCUGUGUUCCCUGUUCUUGCUUUGGGGAUUUAAGGGAUGGUUUGGGUAUCUGGCUUAGAGCUGAGUUCUGGACCAGUAGUGGUAGGCAAAUUGUACAUAUUUUACCAUUUUCUCCCUUGGUUGAGUUAGCACCCUCUCUAUUUUCUGUUAUCAUGCUAUAGUAUGCAAUCUUCCCAACGGAAUGCCCAACCAAUCUCAGGCUUGCCUUGUUAGCUUUCUUUAUGAAAUUUCCCCCUUCAUCUUCUGUUUUGACUGAACUUGUUUGAGGUCUGGCAUGGUAUUAUUUGCUCACACCCCUGCAGGCUGGGAGACUUGAGGCUGGUAGACCAUGAGUUCAGGAGUUCCAAUCGCAGUAGAUUGAAUCUCUUGGAUGUCCGUACUACUUUGGGCAUUAAUUAUUAAGGGGGGAAAGAGGGAUCUUGGGCUCACCCAAGAAGGAAAAAAACAUGAAGCUCCCAUGCAGUGGAGAGUGAGCUCAGCCACUUCCAACCUGGACAAAGAGGAAAACCCAGCUUUUUAUUUUGUUUUAUUUUAUUUUCUUAAAAGAAGAAGCACUAAAGCUGUUUAGUUAAUUUGUGUUAUUAUCAUUCAUGUUUCCUCUUCUUUCUCUUUUUGUUGUUGCUGGACCUAGGGUAGCAAACAGGAUAUUAAGUAAUCAUUAAACAGCUCACUUGACCAAAAAGGGACAUCUGUGGCACAGUGGCAAUUUGUAGGUGGAGAGGACCUGGGUUCAAAGUCCAGCCUUACUAAUUUCUUGCCACGUGUGUGACUUCAGAUAAGCCAUUCUAACUCUUACGCCCACAGUUUGUUCCUCUGUAAAAUGAAGGAGUUCAAAUAAAUAGUUUUGAAAGUCCCCAGAAUUGAUGAUUAUAAGUUUGCCUUUCAUUGCUAACUUCCUUGGUGAUCAUAAUAUGGAAUUUACAUCAUUAUCUACCUUGGUUGAGUUAGCACCCUCUCUGUUUUCUGUUAUCGAUCUAUAGUAUGCAAUCUUCCCAACAGAAUGCCCAACCAAUCUCAGGCUUGCCUUGUUAGCUUUCUUUAUGAAAUUUCCCCCUUCAUCUUCUGUUUUGACUGAACUUGUUUGAGGUCUGGGAGACUUGAAGCUGGUAGACCAUGAGUUCAGGAGUCCGUACUAAUUUGGGCAUUAAUUAUUAAGGGGGGAAAGAGGGAUCUUGGGCUCACCCAAGAAGGAAAAAAACAUGAAGCUUGAAAAAGCAUCAUUAACUGGGAAAAAGGAAUUCUACCAGAGAUCGAUCACUGUACUCUGGGAAGCCCAAAUACCAGAAAGAUUUAGGAUCUCCAAAUAUAAUUAUUUCCUCUUUAUGACAAUUACGUAUGAUAAUAUGCAGGGCAGCAGGAAGAAUGUCCGGUGCCGUCCCCUUACUCUCCAGAGCCUAGUUUCCUGGAGGAAAACAUAUUUCAGCUGUGGUAGGAUUGAGAACCAUUCACAGAGAUUCUUCCUUCCUUUCUACUUAUCUCUCUUCCCUGGAACUUGGUUCAUCCCAAAUAAUGACUUUGGCAGUUGUAGAGUUAUUUGAGUUCCAGAAUCAGUGAACCCCAAAAUACACACAAAUGGCCUGAAUAGUGAAUGAAUCUCCUUCCCCGUCCUAAUUCAGCAGGGGGAGCCUGGCACCUUUAAGAAUCUUUCUGAAAUGAAUCUACUUUUGUCCUGCCUGUGCCCUUCUGUAAAUAUGAAAUGUAUUUAUUAAUUAAAUGCAACUUCAAGGUCUCCAGUCCCCCAAUUUGAAACUUUUGCUCUAUGAGGUAAACAAAAAAAAGCCCUUCUGCCUUUCUUAGAAGUUCAACUUUCUUGCUCCAUGCUGAUCUCUGUUCAUUUCUUCAUAGGUCCAGGGGAUAAAAACAAAACUAAAUACUGGAAAACAUAAAUGCAUACAUUUCCCCAUUCCUAGGUUAACAGUAUGAUAACUAAUGCAAUUCAGGAAGCAGACACUUAGUGCUUAUGUUAGGAUUUAAAGAAGUAUUGGGAGGAGUGAAGAGAAUACUCGAGUUCAAAUUCCAAUUUACUAGCUAUGUCAUCUUGGGCAAAUGAUUGAUCUCACUUUACUUCACUUUACUCACCUUUGAGGUGUAAAUGUUGAACUAGAUAAAAGCUUUUUUAAACUGGAUCAUGACCCCAUAUGUGGUCUCAUAACUGAAUGUGAGGGUCACAAAAUUAUAAUUUAGUGUCAGUAAAUGUUUGGUUUAUAUACCUAUUUUAUAUAUUUAUAUGCCCAGGGUUAUAUAAAAAUUUAUUGGGCAAAAUUUUGAGAGGAAAAAAGUUUAAGAAACCCUGAGCUGGAUAACUUGUAAAUCUGGACCUUUGUGUUUUAUAGGAACAGAAAUCUCCUGGGAUUCCAAACACCUUUCUUUAUGGUACAUCUGCCUAAUAUUCAUGGAUAUAUAUAAAAUCAGUAGGAAAAAAAAUCUACAAACAUUAAUCCUUUAAUCAGGGUAAAGUUUGCAGGUGUAUUUCAGACCAUUCAUUAAUGAAUUCUGGAAUGGAAUUGAAAUAACCAAUUCCAUGAUAAUUAUACACCUAUUGUUUAACAUGCUAUUCUGAGAACUAUUUCAUCAAAGUUCCUGGCUUAAGGAAUUUAAGAAUUCAUGAUUUAUCCUGAUGAAUAGGAUCCCAUGGACUUAAAAAUGGAGAGAAUCUUAUGGUAUCAACAAGGAAACUGAGGUCUGAAGUCAGAAAUGCUACAGCAAACAUUCCAAACCCAAGUCCCUUGACUCAAUCCAGUACUCACUCAACUGUAACUUGUAUUUUCUGUUCUCCUUAGCCAACCAUGCAAGUCCCUUCUGUGGAGAAACUUGGUUAACAGCUUCCUCAAAACUGUAACAAAGGUUCCUUCUAAAAAACCGCUAAUUUUGAAUACUCUUUUUCAAAUGUCUAUGACGCAGCCAGUACUAGAGUGAGAAGAGAUAAGUUUACCCCCCAUCCAUUUCAGUUCUUGUACUUUUAGUGAAAACACUCUUAAGUAGCUUGUCAACAAAUGUCCUUUGUUAAUUAAUAAGAAUCAUUUCUUUCUAUUAAAAGUAAGCUUUCAAAUUAGAUAAUGAAACAUUAGUUUGCCAUGUUUUCUUCUGUGAGGAUCAUUGGAUAAAAGUUACAUUCAUUAUACAGAGCCCUGAUCUAACAAGAAAUUUUGUUUCGGCUGUGAUUAAUUUGUUUUAAAAGAUACUACAGGCUUGGAUUUCAAGCCAAAGAAUUUUGGUUCAAAUCUUGACUCUUAUUUGCCUAUGUGGAGAGACUUUUCUCUCCAGGGUUCAGUUUUCUCAUUCCUGAAAUGAAAGAAUGUUUUUAUAGGGACAUUUAAGAAAACUUCAGUACUUAAGGGAAUCAUGAUUCCAUCAAUAUGGGAAGUCACAUAACUCUGGUUUUCCUAAAUUGCUAGUCUGAGAAGUUCAUACAGUGGUCUGUCAUCUCCUUAAUGAGCCUCCCAGAAUUUAGCCAGACUGGCUCUUGAGUGACAGGAAUGCAGUUAAUUGCCAGCCCCAAUCUCAAAGUCUUCCUCGAUUAAGAGAACCUGCCAGAGCUAAUAUUCUGAUGGUGUGGUCUUCAAGGUCAUAGCCAGGGUCUACUUUCCUUAGAGGAACAUGAGAUCAAUUUAGAAGUCUAAUGGUCCUAACUCUCCACCCAUUUUUCAGAUGCUGAGAGUUUGAGAUUUGCCCAAAAUGAUGUAAAUAUUAAGUAGCAGAAUUGAAUUCAAACACAAGCAUUCUAAUUCCGAAUCCAACAAUUUAGAUAAAGACUUGGGUGAAGAUUUAAAACAAAAAUUUUUAUUUUUAACUAAAAACUUUCUAGUUCUUGGCAAUUUUGUUUUUAAUGACAUUACAUUUCUUUCAUUCCUUUCUUCAUUGCUUAUACCUCCACCAUAAGCUUAUAGCUAUGGAUUCUAACAGUAUGCUCCUUCCAGCUUCUUGAAAUGUUGUGUUUCUAAAGUAUUCUGCUUAUGUGUGACAUUAAUGUCCAUCAUAGGGUUCAGCUGAAGGACUGCCCAAUCUGUACAUCUUCCUCAGUUCCCUAGAGAUUAGUGACUAUGGGGCAAGAAAUGCUUCAAGUCCCAACUGAUUAACACAAUGCUGGGAGGAAAACAAACUUUUAGGAAAAUUUAAAAUAAGUAUUGUGCCCAUGGGAAAUUAAGGAACUCAUCUGUUGGAAUUAAAAUUCUGGAAUCAUCUGCUCUUUAUUCAGACUAAUUCUUAAAAUAACUAUCAGUUUAAUCUAUAAUAACUGUUUGCCAGAGUUCACACAAAGUUUCUUAUUGUAAUAGCUCCGUUGGCCAGGACUUUUAAAAUGAUGCAUUAAGAAGAUAUAUGACCCUAGAAAGUGCAUUCAAAAAAGAAAAAAGAAAACAUUGCAAUUUGUUGCUGUGAUUUUUUUUUCCUAUUCAAACAAGAUUUUACUGGGUUUUUCCUCUGUUCCUAAAGGAGAUACCAUUUCAAUAAUCCAUAAAGACAGUCUAUCUAGACCCUGAUCCAAAUCCCCAUGUUGAUGUGUUUUCUCUUAUAGCAGGGAGGAACAAAGCCAUCUACCAUCCUGUGACCUUGAGAUUCAUUUUAAUGUCAUAUCAUAGAUUUAAAGCUUGGAAAAAACCUUUAAAGGCAUCUGCUCCAAACCCUUUUUACAGAGGAGGAAACAAGCCACAAGAUAAUGAGACUUGCUCAAUAGUGAAAAAAGCAGGAUUUGAAUCCUCUGAUUUCUAUUAAAAUCAUGGGAUUAUUUAUGUAAUCUUAAGUAAUUCACUUUAUCUCUCUGAGUCUCAGUUUGUUCCUCUGUAAAACGACAGUUAGAUGACCUCUUCUAAUUCUAAAUUACAUGACCUUGUAAGUCAAUGAAACUUUCCCACAAUAGAAGGAUCCUUAGAAUGUACCUUUUAUGUCCCCUUCUAGGAGUAAGGAGAUUGCAAUGUGAUCGCAGUCCCCGGGGGCAGGUUAGCUCAAGAAAACUGCAGGACUGAACUUGGCUUGGGUGGGAGGAGGAGGACAGAAGGAGUUCCAUUGAAUGGGUCAUUUCUUUUACACACUGUUUCAGAGAUGCUGCUGGGCCUUCAGCGCAGAAGGCUAAUGGUGGGGAAACCAGGGUAGAUUUGCUUUUAAGUCUCCGAACAAUUGCCAUGGUGGAAUAGUACCCAGCACUUUGGAUUACAAAUAAAAAGACUUUCAGUGACCUUAAAGAUGGAGAGCUACCUUUCAGAUGUGGCAACUCCCGGGUAUUAGGAGCAGAACCCAAAGAAAUAAGUUUGGCAAGUGUCAGAUAUUCAGGCACGCAGGGAUCCUCAUCCCACUCCAGUCCUAAGGGCUCAAGCAACAGGGCGCAGCUGUGUACCAUAAAUGGUCUGGUCCGAGUCUCUGCAGAAACCCACUGAUUUACCAAGUGGCAAUUAUGUGGCAUGGGAUAAUUUGGAUUCCACUGAGUAACAAGGAUGCAGCUCUUUUCAGGAUGUGUUCAUCAUCAGGAAAGAACCCUUCAUAAAAAUGCAGUUUCUGAAGCCACCGUAUACAUCUUUUUUGUGGGGUUCAUCCCAGGCCUUUCCAUCUGACACGCUGGACUGGACUCAAGUGCAAGAUCUCUUUAACAGGCAGGCAGAGGACAAUGAGAUGGGAAAUGACAUAAACGCAUUAUGUUAUUUAUUUUUUCAAUGACUGUGACCUUCUGCACUGUGAGUACUCUGUGAUAUGGAGUCCCUAGUUUAAAAAGAAAAGCUGUCAUUAAAUCUGAAUGAGUUAAUGUUCUUGAUUUUAAAAACUUGGCAUGAUUUUCUGAUUAUUUUUAUUGUGAAGAAAAAAAAAGCAUAGAAUAAAUAUGAAUUAAGCCUUUCUAAGACAUCUAGCAAUCAGUAUUGUGAUGCAAUAGCUAUUUCAAAAUCUGUGCAUUCUCAAUAAAAUGAAUGAGCACAA